UCGGCCACUAUUCUGAUCACACUGUGCGAAACCUCAGAAUCGUGACGCGGGCGCUUCACACACUAACCUUCAGCAAUCAAGGAAAUGAUAAAAGCCAUCCGGAAAACGAAAGCACGAACGAUUUCACGAUUAACUAAAACUAUCAGGUGCAGUUUGUAAUGAAAACAGAUUUGUAGGAAGCUAUACAAAUUGCAUGCUUGCAACCUAACAGAAAAGAAGCGGACACCGUUCCCCACCGAGGCAACUGAACAUCAACUGACAUAUAGAGGAUAAAGAUUCAAGUGUCCCCAUGGCAGAAAACAACUUCCCACCUUUACCCAAGUUUAUUCCUCUGAGGCCAUGUUUUUAUCAGGACUUCGAAGAGAUCCCAGAUCAGAGACGCACCAUGUGCAAGCGCCUGUACUACCUGUGGAUACUGAACAGCGCUACUCUGGCGGUGAAUCUGAUUGGCUGCCUGGCGUGGAUGUGCGGCGGGGGCGGGGCUACUAACUUUGGCAUGGCUAUCCUGUGGCUGAUCCUCUUCACCCCCUGCUCCUAUGUCUGCUGGUUCCGACCCAUCUACAAGGCCUUCAAGUCAGACAGCUCCUUCAACUUCAUGGCGUUCUUCUUUGUGUUCAUGGCCCAGGUGGUGAUCAGCAUCAUCCAGUGUGUGGGCAUCCCUGGCUGGGGAGUGUGUGGCUGGCUGGCCACCAUCACCUUUUUUAGCACCAAUGUGGGCUCUGCUGUGGUCAUGCUGAUCCCAACGAUUAUGUUCACGGCGAUGGCUGUGCUCUCCUUCAUCGCCCUCACUAAGGUCCAUAACUUCUACCGUGGCAGCGGUGGCAGCAUGAGCAAGGCGCAGGAGGAGUGGACCACGGGGGCCUGGAAGAACCCUCACGUCCAGCAGGCAGCGCAGCAGGCAGCUAUGGGCGCCGCCCAGGGAGCCAUGCAGGGCCAGCAGCAGCAGUACUCCGCAGCUCCCACCUACAACUACGACGAGCCCAUGUAGUCUGCCACUAGGGAA